AAAAUGGACGCAAAAUUGGAGAAAAGUCCAAUAAUGAACAAAAAAUAGCGACCAAACUGUCAUUCAGAAGCAUAUGAUAUUUAUAAAAAUGAUAAAAGCAAGAGUGUUCUUGGAUAAUUUUCAUGGAUAAAUCUGAAGAAUCAUGUUAUUAAAGUUAGUCCUUCAUGAUGGAAAGUAUGUACUCCAUAAAAGAGUUCUACAUUGUCAUCAAGCUUUCCUGCACUUACUUCAGCAUCACAAAGUCAACAACACAUUAACCAAUGCAGGUUAUAGGAAAUGGUAUUCUUCCUCACUCUUUCCAAGUCAGAAGUUACUGGAUCUAGUCAAACCAUGUGUCUCCAGUGAAAGAAUUCGAUGGUCUAGCCACAAAAAAAGCUGUGAUAAUGCUCAAUUUCAAAAACCAGAUUGUGAACUACUAGAUCAAGUACAGGACUGGCAGCUCAUAACAAAGAGAUUUCAACACGACAGUAAACCACCUAAACCUAAGGAGGGCUUGUAUUUAUUCAAAAGAGAACCCAAUUAUGAAAAGAUGGAAAAUACCAUAUUAUAUGAGGAAGAGCUUCACAGGGAAUAUGGUUUGACUCCAAAGGAUGUUGAAGGUUUACCUCGAGAGAAAAUGAGAAGUGGCUGGUCCUUAGCCCAGACAGAGGACAUAAAAUACGGAUACAGAAAGCAUCUAGUCCACUCUGUGGCGUUAAAAAAAUGGGGUUCAGAAGAGGCCAUAAAAUUGCGGAGACUUAUUAUAAAAAGGGAAAUGGACAGAAAAGAGGAAUGUGCAAAUGAGCAAAAGAGUUAUGAUAUUUUUACCUUUGGAUACAAGGACAGACAAGGUCGAGUUAUUUCUAUUGCUCUGGUUGUGAAUUUAACAGUAUGCUUGAUGAAGAUGGUUGUUUAUGCUGUUUCCAUGUCUCCAAGUAUGCUGGCAGAGUUUCUUCACUCCUUGUUAGACACUGCUAAUCGUAAGAUAUACUAUAGGUUGUAUAUUCUAAUAUUGGCUUCUGAUCACAUGUAUGGCUAUGCCAGUUUUCAGAACAUCACCUCUCUCUGCAGUGGAUUUUCCUUCUUUGUUUUUGGAUUUUUACUCUCGUCCAUCAUGAAUUUCUAUUUUUUUCUUGGAGCAGAAACCUCACUAUCACUUAUUCAUUUAGGAGUCAUGUAUCUAACAUUCCUUAUGGAGGGAUUUUCUCUAUUCUUUGCUACAAGAGAAUUGAAACGAAAAGCAAAAGAAAGGAACAUGAAGUUAUUUCCAUAUAUCAGACGCGGCUUUGACCCUAAUGUAGUGGUUGUGUUUAUGGAGGACAUGGCAGCAGUAUGUGGGGUCCUGAUAGCAUCUGCUGGGAUGACACUCUCACAUUUGUAUGCUCAGCCAUUCUGGGACACGGCAGCAUCUGGCUGUGUGUCCGGACUGAUGGGAAUGGUGGCUGCCUACCUGAUCAAAUCCAACAUCCCAGCUCUGGUUGGAAAGUAAGUG